AUGAUUAAACAAUUACUUGUAAUUUCUCUUUCAGUAGCUUUGGUAUUGGCUGGCACACCCGGUUAAGAUGUAGUAUGUAACGGUAAUACAAAUGAUGUGACAUCUUGCGGUCCAGCUGGAGGAAGUUCAUGGACAGCAGGAACAACUUCUGGUUCAAAAAUAGCAGAUUGUACUGCAUUAUCAGCCUCAUUAUCAGGGAUCUUUGAUACUUUGUGUGCCUCUUGUUAAACUACUAAUGUUUACGCUAAAUCAACCUAAGAUGGAUGUAUCAAUACUCCUACUGCAGGAGCAAAUGUUGCAUGUUAUUAAAGUGGUAGUUGUAGCUGUGGUAAUCCACCCACACCAGCUUUCAAAUGGAAAUCAGUAGAUACCACAAAUUGCCAAAUUGCAUCAUGCCUUGCUGCUCCUAUGCCUACUUCUAGUUUAACAGAUUAAUUCUGUGCUUCAUGCGGUAAAACUAACACAUACGCUAAUUCUUAUGGUACUGCUUGUGUAAAUCCCUCUGCAAGUUGCACUAGAAAAACUGGCUGGACUGAUUCAGAUUGCAAAGUUUGUAAUGCAAGUGGUACAAAUUCUAGUAAUAUAUAUGCUAGCGCUGACAGAACAUCAUGUACUGCAACCGCUCCUUCCUCAUCAUCUUCAUCAUCAGCUAUAGCCUUUUCCAGUUUAAUUAUUGCUUCUUUGCUUUUGUGA